AUGACAGGAAUAUUUACAUAUCGAAACUUCCCCCUAGCAAAUACACCGGCGUUAAAUGGACGAGUGGCUGUGGUGACACUUCUUUUACAUGGCAUAGAGAAAGUGAUCAUCAUUGCCAGAAGUGAAGACAGAUACACCACUGCUCGCGAGGAAUGGAGACACCGCGAAGGCAUCUCACUCGAGAACGAUACUCGAGCUGAGUUUGUCAAGUGCGAUCUGGGGGAUAUUCGGGAUGUCAAGGCCGCAGUGGCGAAGAUCAAGCAACUCACAAGCCGGAUUCAUAUACUGAUUUGCAAUGCAGGUGAGCUCCGUCUCUCAAUUUCAAUUGAAUCGUUACGUAUUAAUACAUCUCUCCAAAAUGAAGCCAUCAGCGUUCAAAAUGAAUGCAAGUGCUCACCCCAGAAUAUCGAGCGUGUAUUCGCGACAAACUGCAUCGGACACCAAGUUCUAACCACAUCACUCUUACCUCUGUUAAAGAAUGGAGUGACGCCUAGCAGUGACGUACGAAUUGCUGUGACCAGCUCAUCGUUCCAUUUUUGGUGCCAACAGCUUGAUCUGGAUCUUCUGUUCUCAUCGUCACGCGUCAAAUGGCCCGCGUUGUACGAUGGAGUGUGGCGCUAUGGCCGGUCAAAGCUGGGUAACAUCCUCUUUGCCAAAGAGCUCAGUCGGCGGCUUCUAGACGAUCAAGAUCCAGCGAGCAAGCAGAUCUAUGUUAAUUCGUUCUUCCCAGGCAAUAUCGUUACUGAUCAAUGGCGCGGGUGGAAUUCUUAUUUUGGGGGUUUCCUAGGUUGGCUUAUAAGAAUGGUAGGAUCGUGGUUAGGUCAAAGUCCGGAGGAUGGAGCUGCUACAGCUUUAUAUCUUGUUGCUAGUCAUGAAGUGCGAGAGCAGGACCAUCGUGGUCAGUAUUUUAUACCUAUCGCUACGCUGUGUGAGUCCAGUGCGACAUCUGGAGAUAUGAAGCUUGCUCGAGAUCUGUGGGAUUGGAUUGAUGCACAAGCUACAGGGACACUGGGGUUGGAUUGA